AUGCGCUUCAUCAUCGCCGUCGCCUUAUUUGCACUUGGCGUCCACGCAUCGAAACACGUCUCGGAUGUGCGCGCGAUUGGCAAUUUGCAAGUGGUGAUCGCCGGCGAGACGCUUUUCACCACCGACAUCGACGAGAAUCGGCCGCCGACACCCGAUUUGUGGUGUCAAAUCGAGAAGCACAAGAGGGUUUUGCCGGCGGAUUGGGCGCGAUUCGUUCGCGCCAAGGACCACAAAGUGUUUUUGGCUGACUAUCUUUCGCACGAGCACAAGGCGUUCCUUCAUUUCGGCAAAUCGUCGGCCGAACACGCCGGAGUUUAUCGUUGCGAGAUCAAAGAGCCGAACGGCAACAUCAUCAUCGGCAACAUGUUCGCCUAUUCGCAUCCUGUCGUCAAAAACGACGAGAAUUGGCCGUUGAAGAAGUCGGAUCAAGAAGAGGGACUCGUUUUGGCGCCAUCGGUUUAUGCUUCGUAUCAGACGACUGCUUUCAUCAAAUGUCCGAUUAUCGCCUAUCCGGAGCCGAAAAUUUUCUGGUAUAAGAACAACGUGCCGCUCGAUUUCAACGAUCGAAUCAAAUACAACGCGACGGCGCAGGCCCUUCAGAUCAGCGAUGUUCAGGAGGAGGACGCCGGCGUCUAUCGAUGCAACGCGACGAAUCAAUUUCCGGUGGUGAUCGACGGUCCGAAACAGGAGUUCUCGGUGAAGCUCGAACAAGAAUUGCGCGUCGGAGACAAUUAUGGCUGGAUGCUCCCAUUGGCGGUCAUCAUCAUCAUUCUCCUCAUCCUCUUCUUGGUGAUUUUCACGUGCCAACGUUGCGCCAAAUACAAGGCGGACCAUUAUAAUGUCGCCGAGAGAGAACGCGCGCUCCACAACGAUCAAGUCCCAUUGAAGAACAGCGUCUAG